AUGCCUCAAUUAAACGGAAAGGAUAAAAAGCCUAAAUCAAAGAAAAAGAAGCAACCCAAGAUUCCACCGGAUUUGGAUGAACUCUACAUUCAAUCACUAGAUGAAACUCACUAUAUUUCCAAAUCCCAACGUGAAUCCAUCACCGCUGCCUAUAUGCAACGUAUUGAUACCGCUAUUAAAGCCUUCACUAUUGCCCAGCCGCCUAUUGAAACAGCCACACUAUUAGAGCGAGAGGAAAAAAUAUCAAAAGAGAUUUUAGCACAAAUCCCAAUGGUGGCAGUUCCUCAUAUUGUUCGUGCGGUGGGAUUGAACCCCACUACGCAACAGGUACUUCAGAUUGGUUGGCUCGUAUUCGCUGGUCUUCCUCAACGGGAAGAAGAAAAACAACAACAGCAGCAACAAGAACAAGAAAAAGAAGAUACGCAGCAAAAAGGAAAAAAGAAGAAAAAGAAGAGUAUUACGGGCAAAAAUAAGAAUACCACAAAAACAAAAGGAACGGAAGGAACGAAAGUGGAUGGUUCACCCGAUUCAGAAUCAGCUGUACGGCAGAUGGUUGUAGAUACAACUAGAGAUAUGCAGUUAGAAGAGGCUAUGCGUGCAGCCUUAUCCCCUGAUAGUGUAGAUACCAUUCCUAUUUCCACUUCUACUGUAAUCCCAACAAGUGGAAAUGCUACUGUUACUGUUACCACAGGUCCUAGUAAUGUUGUUUACGAUGCCCCUCUCAUGGCAGACCGUCAGAAACUCGAAACCCUCCUAUUACGUAUCUUACAUACUGGAUUAUUGGUGUAUGAUCCUUUAUUAACAGGACACUUACCAGCGGCAAUUGUACACCCACGGCGUAUUGUUACCCUUGUUCGUCGGGGCACACAAGAGACCAUAGAUGAUGUUUUUGAUGCGUUGUGGGUUGCCUCGCGUCGUUAUCGCUGCCCGGAUGGUACACGGUAUAUUAGCACAUCAGAGUUACAACAUGCCAUGGAAACAACAGAUGCCGCUCUUGCUGGUGUGGAGACGGCGUUAACAUCGCAGGAGUUAGAGGCAUUUCUACACUUUGUCUGUGAUACUGGGAUAGAUCAGGUGCGGGAGGAUACCUUUGCACUUGCGGCGAUGUGUGGAUGUUAA